AUGCAGGAACACUUCCUCAUAGGCACACAGAUCCCCCGCAACCACAGGACGCAACCGGUGGCGAGCUACGCGAGCGCGGCGAUGCGAGACCGCGACCCGGACGACGCCGAGGAGGAGAGGCUGCAGAUCAUCGAGGAGGUGGACGCAGAGGAGGAGAAAGACGAGGUGGAGGCGGCGGCGGCGGCGGAGGAUGACGAGACGAAUUUCGAGGGGACCGGCGGAAAUCGCGACGUCAAUCCCGGCGUGGACAAGACUGCCGAGCCGCUGGGCAGUGCGCAGGACGGGACGUUGGCGGAGUGCGAUGUGCCGGGCAGUGGGGCCACUCGCCGUGGCCCGAGGACUCCCGUCUCAUUUGCCGCGCCGCUGCCGCUGCCGCCGCUGCUGCCGCUGGCGUGCCCUCACUGCGGCCGCGGCUACAAGCGUCGGGGCUCGCUGUGGAAGCACGUUCGCCGCCGGCACGAGGGGGCCCUCGCGGAUCUCCACAAAUCACCGCGACCUCCCCGGGCGGGCCAGAAGGGUCAGCGUCCCGCUGCCACGAGCCACAAGUGCGCAGAGUGUGGGAGAGACUUCAAGAGCAAACACCACCUCAAGGAACACUUCCGCAUCCACAGCGGGGAGAAGCCGUACGGGUGCCCAAUUUGCAAGAAGCGCUUCUCCCACUCGGGCUCGUACAGCUCGCACAAGAGAGCCAACAAGUGCGUGGGCUCCGUCGCGGCGGACGGCGCGGCGCGGGAGGCGACAUCUCCAGUUGCCGCUGCCUCGACGGCUGACGCCGGCAAGAUGGAAGGGGCCGUUGCUACGUCUCCCAAAUCCACCCAGAGCUCAGGUCACGACUACAACGAGGACUUCCUGCGGAUCAGCGGACCGGAGGCCACGGGUCGUCCCGCCGGCAAGAUCGAGACCGAAGAGCCGGAUCUGCACGAGCGUUCUUCCCACGUGGAAGGGGCGGCUCGCCACGCGUGCCGCUAUCGCCACGAACCGUUUCCGAGCGCGGCACCUCUGCGCCAACACGAGCGCUACCUCUGCAAGGUGAACGACGAGAUCGAGGCGUCGCCUCAACCGUCAGCGCCGCAACCUUCGUCUCCGGCUCAACGAAACAAGUCGAAGUCGUCGGCCGGAAAGGGGUUGAAAGGGAGCCGCGCUACGGGACUCGGAGACCAGUCGGCUUCCCUGAAGUCGUACCGCCUUGCCGGAAGUGUCGAGGCGAGUCCCGAGGAGUCGAUGAAGAUGUCGUUGGCCAUGAACCUCCCCAGAGACGUUUUCUCCAAGUGGCUGGAGGAGAAAUUCAACGCGGCGGGCAGAGCGCCGGAGCACCGUGCGUCCGGCUCUCCCUCCCGCGAGCUCGGCCCGUCACCGGCACCGGCUGGGCACGCCGGCCACGGCACGGAGGGAAGUCCGGCUCGGCACCCGCCGGGCUCGCCGAUGGGCGCCUGGUCCGACUCGGCGGCAGGUCACGCGGAGAGCGGGCAGCCCGCCGGCGUGGCGGACGGUCCUCGCCGCGGUCGAGACCAGGCCCGGCCGCUCGACUUGUCGCUGCCAAAGUUGAGCACGGCGAGGCUCCUCGGAGAGACGGGCUUUGUCGAGUUCCACGAUUCGAGCGGCGUUGAGCGCCAAGAGGAGCCGUUGGACUUGACUUGCGCGAAGAGAUCGCACGGCGAGCUGGACUCGAGUGCUUCUCGCGCGACCGACGGCUCGUCGAGCAACAACGGCGUUGACCGUUUACACGAGAACAAGCCGACAAUGAACACGGUCACUUCCAGCUACGGCAACGGUCCCGUGCUCGCGGCCUUUCCGCUGCCCGGUUUGAUUGCGGCCCUCCACAUGGGUGACCCCGGCCUGAGGCCCUACACGGGCCUGGACCAAGCAGCCUUGCUGUCCCACGUGUCACCGUACAGAGGCCUUGUGGACGCGGCUGCUCUUGCCGACUUCCACGACAAGAUGCGCCACUUUGCACAGGGAGAGUCUCCUGAGCGGGGAGAGGGAGUCCCCGUGGACUCGGUCGCGGUGACAGACUCGGGAGCUCCCGCGCGCAAGCGGCAGAGGAGGGCGGAGCGCGUGCCCGGAGGCUCGUUCGCCCGCGACCUGUCCGACGAAACCUUCCAGGAGAGCGGCCCGUUGUUGCCGCUGCGGCACAAGUACGAGCGCGCAGGCAGGCGUCCCCACCGCUGCGAGGUGUGCAGCAAGGCGUUCAGGCACAAGCAGCACCUGAUCGAGCACUCGCGGCUGCACUCGGGCGAGAAGCCGUACCGCUGCGGGCGCUGCGGCCGGCGCUUCUCGCACUCGGGCGGCUACUCGCAGCACGUGCACCGCCGCUACUUGUGCUGCGGCGACCCCGGGCAGCCGGGCGCGCCGGGAGCGGAUUUGGGGGCGCCGGGAGCGACGGAAGAGCUCGACGAGGGGGAUGACGGAUGCGGGGCGGAGUGGGAGGAUGCGCGGGGGGGUGGGUGGGCUUUUGUAUGUUCAUCAAAUUGUCGAGUUCACGAGAGAACGCACACUGGUGAGAAGCCCUACAAGUGCACUGUGUGCAUGAAGGCUUUUGGUCGUUCAGAAACUCUUCAAAAUCACGAGAGAACGCACACGGGUGAGAAGCCCUACAAGUGCACUGUGUGCAUGAAGGCUUUUGGUCGUUCAGAAACUCUUCAAAAUCACGAGAGAACGCACACGGGCGAGAAGCCCUACAAGUGCACUGUGUGCAUGAAGGCUUUUGGUCGUUCAGAAACUCUUCAAAAUCACGAGAGAACACACACGGGUGAGAAGCCCUACAAGUGCACUGUGUGCAUGAAGGCUUUUGGUCGUUCAGAAACUCUUCAAAAUCACGAGAGAACGCACACGGGUGAGAAGCCCUACAAGUGCACUGUGUGCAUGAAGGCUUUUGGUCGUUCAGAAACUCUUCAAAAUCACGAGAGAACGCACACGGGCGAGAAGCCCUACAAGUGCACUGUGUGCAUGAAGGCUUUUGGUCGUUCAGAAACUCUUCAAAAUCACGAGAGAACGCACACGGGUGAGAAGCCCUACAAGUGCACUGUGUGCAUGAAGGCUUUUGGUCGUUCAGAAACUCUUCAAAAUCACGAGAGAACGCACACGGGUGAGAAGCCCUACAAGUGCACCGUCUGUGGGAAGGCAUUUGCCUACUCAAACUAUUUUCGGAUUCAUCGGAGAACGCACACAGGUGAGAAGUCAUUCAAGUGCACUAUGUGUGGGAAGGCAUUUGUACAAUCAAGUUCUCUUCGAGUUCACGAGAGAACACACACGGCUCACAACUCUUAG